CUGUGCAUUACAACCGUUUGGGCUUUGUAGUUGCAGCAACGUGGUGAUAUUGACAAAGAGUGUGUGCAGAGUUCGCAAAUAACUCGACGUACGUCUGCAGAGUCCGCAAACAACUUAAGGAAAAGCCACCCAGUACUGGACCUAGACCACCUGAGUUAACUUUAAUUUGGCUGUUCCUAUGUCAGCCUUACCGUACGGAAGACCUGACAGAGAACAGCUGAAGUGCUGAACAGAGACCCAGCGCCGAUCAUGCCAAGCAUGCGUGCGGCUUGAAAGUCAGUAACAUGUCUAUUGCUCUUUCAGACGAAGCGGAGCUGCAAGUGCAGGGUUACCUGCGCUUCGCAAAUCUUAAGCGCGAGCAGCAUGUCCGUGAGGUUGUUUCGACAAUCAGCGAUUUCAAGUCUAGCCGCAUCCGAGAAGGGGAAAUGUAUAAUUUUCGGGAGCUUUUGGCGUUAUUCAGCGAGUUGGAGCAGGAAGCGAGGCAGCUGAUUGAGAAAGAGAUCCAGGACGCCUACCACACGAAUGCGCUGCUCGUGAAGCUGCUGCUGGGUCAGGCUCAGGCUGCGGGAGUGGAGCUGGCGGUGGACACCAACCAGCUGGAGAACGAGUUCCUUCUCAAACAGGCCGCCCGCAACCAGGUGGCAUUGCAGGAGAAGGAGCUGCGCGCUGCCAGUGAGGCCGCCGCGGGCAAACUCGCAGAUAGCAAGCAGUUCACGCAGAUGAAGGCGCUGAUGCAGGCCAAGAGCCAGGAGGUGGCGGCGCUGCGCAAGCGGCUGGAGAAGUACGAGCCGCACAAUGUGCCCAGCGCCGAUACGGCGUGAAGAAGGGGCGGGAGGGGUUGAGGGUUGCUGAACAGGGCGUGAAACGUGCAGCGGGCUCCUAUUGAUUGCUUGAUAACCGUCGGUGGCCUGGGGAGUUCCGUACUAGUACAGUAGGGUCGUGUAGGAACAUUAUAAUAUUGGCGAAGCUGACAAUAUAGUGUAAGGACCCGUAGUGGCGAGGGCGUUGGUUGUCGUGCUGUGCACUGCCACCAUUGGCGACUUAGUCCGUGGCCAGCUACCCUAGGAAAGUUAGUGCAUGUCGUAACAGACCUGGAAGGGAGGGGGUCCCAAGGUUGAGGGUAACCCUCCCCCUUCACGGCAGCCAAAGGUCGGACCCACGGACCGUGAAAUGUCUAGUUCUGCCGCAGGCCUUCUCCUGCUUUGCCGCCAGGGCUUUUCUUGGGUUUGGGACAGGGUUAAGAGUGAAUAACUGUGCGCAACAUCGGACUCUGAACAUUUAGAUGGGUGCCCUUGGUAAUUACACAUGCCCCUGGUAUCGUGAGAGGCCUAACACACUUGCUUACCUGCAAUACUGACGCGUUCAUACAUAGGCCAACAGCUCGUCCUGCUUGCGGUAACGUGCUCACGUGCACACCCAACAGUGUGGCCUGUGCCGUACACGGACAAUAGCUUUGAUUCCAUG